AUGGACAGUCGCCAAAGAUCAGCCGAGAAGGCGCUCCACGACCAAACCGACAUCCUGCCUCGAGCCAAACUGCUCGUAGUCUUCGCUGCCCUCUCCAUGACGCUGCUCAUCCAGUGUGUGGACCAAAAUGGUAUCGGUGUCACGCUCCCAACCAUAGCCAAGGAUCUCAACGCGGCGAAUACCAUUUCCUGGGCCGGGACGUCGUCCCUCAUCGCCAAUACGACGUUCCAGAUGCUCUACGGCCGGCUAUCCGAUAUCUUCGGCCGCAAGGUCGUCUACCUAGGCGCCAUCGCGCUCCUCUCCAUCGCGGCCUUGCUCUGCGGCCUCUCCCAGAACGCCGCCAUGUUCUACGUGUUCCGUGGCGUGGCGGGAAUCGGCGGCGGCGGCAUCACCAAUCUGUCCAUGAUCAUCGUCUCGGACACCGUGACGCUCGAGCAGAGGGGCAAAUACCAGGGAAUCAUCGGCGCCUUCGUUGGGCUUGGCAACGUGACAGGGCCGUUUCUCGCCGCGGCGUUCAUCCAGAAGGCGACGUGGCGGGCUUUCUUCUGGAUGGAGGCACCCCUGACGGCGUUGGUCGGGGGAGUGGCUUGGUUUCUCCUUCCAUCUAAGCCGCGGACUCUGGGGCUCGGAGAGAGCGUGCGCAAGAUCGACUAUGGAGGCGUACUGACCUCGUCUGUGGGAGUCAUACUCUUGCUCAUUCCCAUCAGUGGCGGCGGCUCCUAUUUUUCGUGGGAUUCGCCCAUGGUAAUUAGCAUGCUUGCCAUAGGAUCCUGUGCCUUGGUUCUAUUUGUUUUGAUCGAGUGGAAAGUUGCUAAACUCCCCAUGAUGCCAUUGACCAUCUUCAAAUCCCCCGUCGUCGUGGUAAUCCUAACGCAGAGCCUUUUCUUUGGCGCCGUCUAUCAGUCCUACUUAUACUACCUGCCCAUGUACUUCCAAAACGUGAGGCAAUGGUCUGUUCUUACCUCGGCAGCCUACACUUCCGCCGUCGUGCUCCCUCAGUCCUGCGUCUCCAUCGUCUCUGGACAGUACAUCUCCUGGCGCAAGCGUUACGGCGAGGUUCUGUGGAGCGGCUUCGGCUGCUGGACACUCGGCUCCGGCCUCACCCUCCUCUGGACCCGCAAUACCCACCCCGUCAUGGUAGUAAUCCCCCUCCUCCUCAUCGGCAUCGGCGUCGGCAACGUCUUCCAACCCACCCUCGUCGCCCUUCAAGCGCACACGCCCAAAUCGCGCCGCGCCGCCGUCAUCUCGAACCGCAAUUUCUUCCGCUGCGCCGGCGGCGCCUGUGGGCUCGCCGUCUCGGCUGCCGUGCUGCAGGCCGCGCUUAGGGCAAACCUCCCCACUGAAUAUGCGCACCUGGCUGAUGACGCUUACGCGCUGACGCAUGGACAGACGUUGGGGGUUGGAGGCGGGGAGGUCCUGGAUGCGUACAUGGCUGCAAGUAGGGCGGUAUUUGUGCUGCAGGUGCCACUUAUUGGAAUUUGUUUGUUGGGGUGCGUGUUUAUUCGGGAUAGGGGGUUGGAGCCGAUUGAAGAUGCGGAUGAGCAGCUGGUAGGUAGGGGUAUAGUUGACGCGGUUUCGUCUGUGGAUGAUUCUAACAAAGCUAUGCAACAGCCACAGGAAGGACUGUCCCUUGAAGAGGGGGUGGGUGGUGGCGAUGAGUCGGCGAAGAGGGAGGAUGUCGAGGCCGCAGAGGCAAAGAAAACAUGA